AGUUUCUCUUUCCCUCUCGGCACAGGUCCAGAGAAGGGACCUGUCGCAUGGCCUUUCCCUGCAGGCUCACCUCCUUCAGCGACCGGCCCCACCUACUUAGGCCUUCCAGGCCCAGUGGAGAUUCCUAUUUCCAUUUGCCUUUUCGCUUUACAUACAUCAGCUGGGAUUGCCCCGCGAGCCGGGCUAAAAGCGGAGCCAUGGGGCCGGGGAAGCAGUUGAGGCUCGGCCAUGGCUACAGCUCGGGUUGUGGUGCUGGUGACCGUGGUGCUGGGCCUGACCGGGGCAGGCCCUGUCCCGACUUCCAGGCCCACCACAACCAGGAGGGGCUGCCACAUGGGCAAGUUCCAAUCUCUGUCGCCGAGGGAGCUAGAAACCUUCAAGAAGGCCAAGGAUGCCUUAGAAGAGUCACUCUCGCCGAAAGACUGGACCUGUGCCUCUCGUCUCUUCCCACGGACCAGGGACCUGAUAAGACUGCAGGCCUGGGAGCGCCCUGCCGCCUUGGAAGCAGAGCUAGACUUGACCCUGAAGGUCCUGGGGAACAUGACUGACACGUCCCUGGGGGUCGUCCUGGACCAGCCCCUGCGUGUGCUGCGCCACAUCCACUCCGAGCUCCGGGCUUGUGUCCUGGCUCAGCCCACGGCAGGACCCAGACCCCGCGGCCGCCUGCACCACUGGCUGCACCGGCUCCAGAGGGCCCCAGAGGAGUCCCAGGGGUGCCUCGAGGCCUCCGUCACGUUCAACCUCUUCCGCCUCCUCACGCGGGACCUGAAAUGCGUCGCCAGCGGAGACCUGUGUGUCUGAAAACCUGGACCCCAUCCCCAGCCCGUGCGCCUCAUCACUGCCUUAAGUUAUUUCCUCGCAAUCCCUUAUUUAUGGACCUGCAGCCAUAUCCAUAAGAAAGUUUAUUUUUCUACUUUUGUACAAUGCGCAGCAAAUGAACAGAAAGGAACAGGAAAAGAAACAAAAAGCCAACUACUCCUGAGUUUGAGAGGACAGAGGAGCAUGUUAAACAACAGUGGGAGCUGCAAUCAGCAAAACGCAGGCUCUGGCAUACGCUACAGGACUAAAAAUUCAGCUUAACUCAAACAUUUCAAGGGGCAAAAAAGAGAAAGAUGGGGUCCCUGUACUCUACAGGAAGAGCUUUGAGGAUAAAGGUGAUUUAAAGGUCUAUUCACCAAAUGCAAUGGGGAGACCUUAUUGAAUCCUGAUGCAAACUCUUUUUAAAAUGUGGAUUUAUACAACAGCUGGACAUUGGAACAUUGACUGCCUAUCAAUCGCUAUUAAAGAAUUAUAGGGGCACCUGGGUGGCUCAGUCGGUUAAGCCUCCGACUUUGACUCGGGUCAGGAU